AUUUUAUGUACUUGAUCUAGUUUUUACAAAAUUUUUGACAUUAUCUUUCACUUUUUUUUUUCUACCUUGAAUGAAAAAUCCACAGAAGGUUUUAAUCUCUCAUGUCAAGGUCGCCCAAUUUAGGAACUGUGUACCACAGUUUUAUAACUAGCAUUAAUGACGUGAAAAACGAGGUUAGAAAUGCUUUCUAUUUAUUAAACGUGAAAUUUUAUACAUUUCUCAUGCUCAACAGAGUGGAAUGUAAAGAUUAAAUACGUUAUGAAAAUGCCGUUCAAAUUUCAUUUGAAAAAAAGUCGGCAGUAUAACGUGGUCUCCAAAAAUCAGUAUGUAAUCUGCAUAGAACUGUUGGAUGCCACCUCUAUAGAAUGCACACUGAGCAUUGACAGUCUUGGCCAAGAGUGCUUGGACAAUGUGACUCAACGUUUAGGCUUAGGACAGCAUGAAUUCUUUGGCCUACGUUAUAUUUCAAGGCAUGAUUCUCCAUCUCCAAGAUGGAUCGAUAUGGACAAACCAUUGAAAAAACAAUUGGAGAAAGAAGCCAAAAAUUUCAGUUUAUAUUUGAGAGUUAUGUAUUAUGUUACGGAUGUUCAACUUAUUCAGGAUGAAAUGACAAGGUAUCACUAUUAUCUUCAAUUGAAAAGUGAUGUAUUGGAAGGCAGAUUUCAAUGUAAUUCUAGGCAAGCAACUCUUUUAGCUAGUUACUUAAUGCAAGCAGAAUUUGGCAACUAUGAUACGGAACGACAUACAAUGGAAUGCUUGCAACAAUGUACAUUAUUUCCCAAAGAUGUUAUUCAAGCAGAUCCUGGAGGACAAGAUUCUCUUUUACAUACUGCUGUAUCUCACUAUAAGAAUCUGAUUGGUGUUACCCAGGCUGCUGCAGAGGAACUAUAUAUUUCUGUUGUUGUGCAACUAGAAGGAUAUGGAAAUGAAACAUUCUCUACCAAGGACAAUGGGAACAAUGAAGUGAUAUUAGGAAUUUCUAUCAAUGGGAUCGUGGUCAUUUAUCCUAACACGCAAACAACACAAUUCUACAGGUGGAAAGACAUAAGCAAUGUAAUCAAUCACAAAAAGACAUUUAGAAUAGAAUGUCAAGCCGAAGGCGAAGAACCAAAACAAUUCAUAUUUACCGAAUCACGAAAUGCAAAAUAUGUGUGGCGUUUAUGCAUAGCGCAACACACAUUUUACAUGCAGCAUCAAGAAUCUCGGCCAAUAGAGAGAUCAACUAAUGGUUAUAUCGAUAGCGAUACGAAUGACUCGGGGGAUCAUGCGAUAUCGGUAAAUUUGGAUAACAAAAAUGCGGAGAGUCACACAAGAUGGACUAGUUACAAUGAUCUCUCAACAUCACCGUAUCCGGUUGUGUCAUCUACAGACAUCAACAACUUACGUGCCUUACUUCCGUCCUACAGACCAGCACCUGAUUAUGAAACUGCUGUCCAAAUGAAAUAUAAUAACGGAGGAAAUCCACCUCAGCCCUAUUACGCUAAUCAAUCUACCAUUGUAGGUGCAGAUAUUUCGUGCCUUCUUAGUAAUGUGGUUAAUCGAAAUAGAUAUUAAAUAACUAAGAUAAGUUAGGAGCUACUAGGUCUAUCAUCAAACAAGAUGAGAAACAUAAUCGUCCCAAGUAUUAUAAAUAUUUGAAAGGAGUAGCAUAUUUCUACCAAUUAUUUGCAUACACAUUCACGAGGAAUAAAAAAUGCUAUAGAGAUUAAUAGUAAAGACUGAUACGCA